AUGCCCAAGGUGCAAGUUACCAGGUCGGAUAUGGUGGUAGUGAGGAUGGUUGAGGUGAAGGUUGUGGCUGACUUCGCGGUUGGGUUCAAGAGGGCGGAGGCGGUCGACGGCAAAGGACAGAUGGUUGCCAUGGCUGUCGCCGGGUUCACUCUAGGCGUGUUCGUCACCCACAGGCUCUUACACGUCGACAAAAAAUCUCGGACCGUCGGAUCAAGACAUCAAGAACCAUGUGCUAGAGGAGGCGCAGUAGCUCUGGUCAGCUACCUCCCCGCCACCCGGCGCCGCAACCUCCUCCUCGCCGCCGCUCCCCUCCCUUUCCCCGACCUCAGCGUGAUCCUCUCCGCCACCGCCUACGAGCUCCUCGUCGCUGCCUCCCGCGCCACCGGCGCCAAGACCCUCACCUACAUCCCUCAGUCCGCGUCGGCCUCCUCCUCCUCCUCCUCAUCCCUCCAGACCACGACAGCGUCCAGCAAUGCGAAGGGGGCGCCCGGGCUCAGGCCCUCAGUGUCCCCCAACGACGGGCGUCCGACGACAGCGGCGGAGCUGGUGCGGAUGCAGAUGGGGGUAACGGAGCAGGCUGACGCGAGGAUCAGCCGAGGGCUCUUCCGCAUCGCCGCUGAUGAUAGAAGAAUGUGGGAGACUAUUUUCCAAGGACGAGCGAGGAGAAGCAUGUGAUGAAGAUGAGUGGGUCCAGGAAUUUUUGAGAUAGUUAAGGAGGUUUUGCCACUACCCCUCCAAAGGCAGAACUGACGCAGGACUAAAUGUGGUGUAAACUAACGCAUGAAAUACAAAUGUUAAAUUCUACCUGUACCCUGUAGCUUAUAUGGUAUACAUGUUCUAGAGUAAAAGCUCUUAGAGAUUUGGAGAAGAUCAUCUUUCCUAAGAAGUGAGAUAUUUAUGUUUGAAACGGCAGUUAACACUUGAGCAACUGUUGGAGUUUGAAUUCAUAUGAUCUUGUAACUUCUUCAGUUGUUCUAUUAUGGAAAUUGGCUAUUCAAAAUUUAACAUUUUGCCACAA